AUGGCAUCAGGAAACCUUCAAUGGGCAGCGCCUAAACCUUUGAAAUUACACGGGAACGUCAGUGAAAACUUUCGCAAAUUUGAGGAGCACUGGACGCUCUUCGAGAAGACUGAGCUGAAAGGACGGUCUGAAGAGGAAAGAUGCUCAUACUUUCUUCUAUGCAUUGGAGAGAAAGGCCGAGAAGUUCACAAGACCUUGACGUUCGCAACGCCAGAAACAGAGACAAACCAAGAGGGGGCAACAACGUGGAAGAGAACAACAAACGAGCUAAAAUCAGCGUUUAAAACCUACUGUAACCCGAGAAAGAACAUUACGUUCGAACGACACAAAUUCAACAUACGGAAUCAAGACGAAAACGAAAGCAUCGACCAGUAUGUGACUGUUUUGCGCACUCUCGCAGCAACAUGUGAAUUUAAGACACUUCACGAUGGGCUAAUUCGUGACCGGAUAGUUUGUGGAAUUCGUAACCAAAGUAUUAAAGAACGAGUCUACUUCGUGAAUCCGAGUUAACCCUGCAGAAAACCUUGGAUAUAUGCCGAGCAUCCGAAGUAUCUCGCAAGCAAGUGAAGUCGCUAAGCGAUCAGAGUUCCGCCAAUGUCGACGCAUUGGGGAAAGACCAGCGAAAACACAAUUACAGAGGGAAUUUUCGCAACCACAACAUCAAACCGGAAAACGAAAAACCCCCAAACAAAUCCUGCGGUAAUUGUGGUCGAGUUCACGAGCCAAAAUCUUGCCCUGCAUAUGGGAAAAAGUGCAAUAACUGUCAAAAACUAGGACACUUUGCCAAACUAUGUCGAUCGCAAGCUAAAAACCCAAGGAAAUCAGUUCACGAUGUAGAUUAUGAAAGCGACUCCUCGACGCACGGAAUUGAUAUGGUGAAGACAGCUGUGACAAGUGACAAUGACGAAGAACACGCAUCUCUUAAAAUUAACAACACGACAAUUCGCAUAAAACUCGACUCCGGAGCCGAGACAAACGUUCUAACAAAGAAAGAUUUCGAAGCCACUGUUCCAAAACGACAACGUCGUAGCAAGCUCAAAACGAGCGCCGCAAAACUGACCGCUUUCGGAGGCCAUAACAUUCCUGUCAUCGGAAAAUGCUAUUUAAAGUGUCAAUACAAAGGAGCGACUGAAGUACUCGAGUUUCAAGUGGUCGAGACGGGCAAAUCCUUGCUCGGAUGUACAAACUGUAAAA